GGCGGCAGCGGAGCUAUGGAGGCCCCUUAUUCGAUGACAGCACAUUACGACGAGUUCCAGGAGGUGAAGUAUGUGAGCCGGUGCGGUGGGGGAGGCGCACGGGGAACGUCGCUGCCCCCCGGCUUCCCGCUGGGUGCGGGGCGCAGCGCCACCGGGGCCCGAGCCGGGCUGCCGCGCUGGAACCGGCGCGAGGUGUGCCUGCUGUCGGGGCUGGUGUUCGCCGCGGGCCUUUGUGCCAUCCUGGCCGCCAUGCUGGCUCUCAAGUACCUGGGUCCGGGGGCGGCGGGGGGCGCCGCCUGCUCCGAGGGCUGCCCGGAGCGGAAGGCCUUCGCGCGCGCCGCGCGUUUCUUGGCUGCCAACCUGGACGCCAGCAUAGACCCGUGCCAGGACUUCUACUCCUUCGCGUGCGGCGGCUGGCUGCGGCGCCACGCCAUCCCGGACGACAAGCUCACCUACGGCACCAUCGCGGCCAUCGGCGAGCAGAACGAGGAGCGCCUGCGGCGCUUGCUGGCGAGGCCCGGGGGCGGGCCGGGGGGCGCGGCCCAGCGCAAGGUGCGCGCUUUCUUCCGCUCUUGCCUGGACAUGAGGGAAAUCGAACGGCUCGGCCCGCGGCCCAUGCUCGAGGUCAUCGAGGACUGCGGGGGCUGGGACCUGGGCGGCGCGGCGGAGCGCCCGGGGGCGGCGGCUCGCUGGGACCUCAACCGGCUGCUGUACAAGGCGCAGGGCGUGUACAGCGCCGCCGCGCUCUUCUCGCUCACCGUCAGCCUGGAUGACAGGAACUCCUCGCGCUACGUCAUCCGCAUUGACCAGGACGGGCUCACCCUGCCAGAAAGGACCUUGUACUUAGCUCAGGACGAGGAGAGUGAAAAGAUCCUAGCAGCAUACCGAGUGUUCAUGGAGCGCCUGCUCAGCCUCCUGGGUGCUGAGGCAGUGGAGCAGAAGGCCCAGGAGAUCCUGCAGCUGGAGCAGCGGCUGGCCAACAUCACAGUGUCCGAGUAUGAUGACCUCCGGCGAGACGUUAGCUCUGUGUACAACAAGGUGACCCUAGGGCAACUGCAGAAGAUCACCCCCCACCUGCGGUGGAAGUGGCUGCUGGACCAGAUCUUCCAGGAGGACUUCUCAGAGGACGAGGAGGUGGUGCUGCUGGCCACGGACUACAUGCAGCAGGUGUCGCAGCUCAUCCGCUCCACCCCCCGCAGGAUCCUGCAUAACUACCUGGUGUGGCGUGUGGUGGUGGUCCUGAGUGAGCACCUGUCCCCGCCGUUCCGAGAGGCACUGCAUGAGCUGGCCCGGGAGAUGGAGGGCAGCGACAAGCCACAGGAGCUGGCCCGUGUCUGCCUGGGCCAGGCCAACCGUCACUUUGGCAUGGCACUCGGUGCCCUGUUUGUACAUGAGCACUUCUCGGCUGCCAGCAAGGCCAAGGAAGCCUACCUGAUUUGUCAGCCGCAGGACGCUCUCCCCACCAAGCUCCUGUCCGGCCUGCUCUGCCAUGCUCAGUGGGAUGGCCCUAGGAAUGUACAGCAGCUGGUAGAAGACAUCAAGUAUAUCUUGGGCCAGCGCCUGGAGGAGCUAGACUGGAUGGAUGCUGAAACCAAGGCGGCCGCACGGGCCAAGCUUCAGUACAUGAUGGUGAUGGUGGGCUACCCGGACUUCCUGCUGAAACCGGAGGCUGUGGACAAGGAGUAUGAGUUUGAGGUCCAUGAGAAGACCUACUUCAAGAAUAUCUUGAACAGCAUCCGCUUCAGCAUCCAGCUCUCAGUCAAGAAGAUCCGUCAGGAGGUGGACAAGUCCACGUGGCUGCUUCCCCCACAGGCACUCAAUGCCUACUAUCUGCCCAACAAGAACCAGAUGGUGUUCCCUGCUGGAAUCCUGCAGCCAACACUGUACGACCCUGACUUUCCGCAGUCUCUGAACUACGGGGGCAUCGGCACCAUCAUUGGGCACGAACUGACCCAUGGCUACGAUGACUGGGGAGGCCACUAUGACCGCUCAGGCAACCUGCUGCACUGGUGGACUGAGGCCUCCUACAGCCGCUUCCUGCGCAAGGCCGAGUGCAUUGUCCACCUCUACGACAACUUCACCGUCUACAACCAGCGGGUGAAUGGGAAGCACACGCUUGGAGAGAACAUUGCAGACAUGGGCGGCCUCAAGCUUGCCUACUAUGCGUAUCAGAAGUGGGUGCGCGAGCACGGCCCUGAGCACCCGCUGCACCGGCUCAAGUAUACGCACAACCAGCUCUUCUUCAUCGCCUUUGCCCAGAACUGGUGCAUCAAGCGGCGGUCGCAGUCCAUAUACCUGCAGGUGCUGACCGACAAGCACGCACCUGAGCACUACAGGGUGCUGGGCAGUGUGUCCCAGUUCGAGGAGUUUGGCCGGGCCUUCCAUUGCCCCAAGGACUCGCCCAUGAACCCUGCCCACAAGUGCUCUGUGUGGUGA